GCGCAUGUGCUGCCCCCAAACGCAAAAGGGCAACGUCACGGACACAAAAUGGGAUUCGGCAAGUGGGACAAGGAACUCGGCCUGACAGCCAUUCCUCUGGUGGUCGAUGAGUUUCCGUUUGCCGUGAAGCAAACCACCGAGCCAGGCAGGAUACACACCACAUGGGUCGGCAUUGACAUACACCGCAGUAGAUCUGGUUAG